AUUUUGUUUUCCCUCCUUGAUGAUGUGAGGCGGAAAAUGGCGGAGGUCGUUUACAAGCUAGGCGGAGGAGUUUGCCGUCAGAUACGGCCAGGGUUUACUGGUUUGCUGCGGGGAUGCUUCCGAAACACGUCUAGAAAAAUGCACUUUUAUGGCAAGUCCAAAUGAUGAUGCUUUACAUGGGAAUGAGGUCGAGGUUCGGCUAAAAUGCAUAGCGGCGGCACCCAAAAUAGAAGCCGUUCGAGCGGGAAGGUGUCAUCGCAUGAAUGAAACUUGUUUGGAAUUUAACUAUCUCGCUUUUGUGGUUUUGCUUAUGUCCGAGAGAUUUUGAAUGUAUUGAACAAUUCUUUGGUUGCACCGCAAAGGUUUUCCGGGAGUAGAAUGUCUGCUUCCGGUCACCUUUACCCCUUUUGCACGUCAACUCAGCUGCGAGCUUUCUGCAUCCUCGUCCGACUGAACAGGUCAGAGAGACGACAUUCGGACUCUUUUAAAUUCCGAAGCUACAGCAGGACAAGAAUCCCAAAAGAUAACCCCUUGUAUAGAAACAGGACGGCGUAUUAUGACAUCCUCAAAGUGUCCCCUAAUGCCACACAGUCUCAAAUCAAAACUGCCUACUACCAGCAGUCUUUCCUCUUUCAUCCAGACAAAAACCCCGGCAGUGCAGAGUCUGCACUGCGCUUCUCUGAGAUCAGCGAAGCCUACACAGUGCUGGGCAACAAAAUUCUGAGGAGAAAGUACGACCGGGGUAUUCUGAGCAUGACUGAUGUCCGCGGCGUGGAAAGACCCCCCGCCAAAGAAACCCCGAGCAGGUCCACUGGAUCGACGCAACAGCAGCAGCAAACUGCCUCCAGGCGCUUCUCCCAAACGGGAGGGAGGCCCAUGUUCGACUUUGACGCCUUCUACCAGGCUCAUUACGGUGAACAGCUGCAGAGGGAGCGAGAAAUGCGAGCCAGGCGGCAGCAUGAAGCCGAAGCCCGCAAGGAAGAGCUGCGCAGGUGGAGACAGAGCAAGAUCAUCGAGGGUACGGUGGGCUUGCUGCUGGUGGCCGCCGGCGUCGUUUUGGUCAGCAUCGGCAAGCCCUGAAAGACGAGCAGCAUCAGGACCGUUCGGAAACAGAGGAGGGACGCUUUGGGGUUGCAGGUACCAGUGCGUUGGUUUAAGUCCAUCUUUGGGGAAGACUGGACACCUGCUAAACCCGACGAAGAAAAGUUUGAACUGCGAGACACUACAAUGGCAUUAAAUUGAAGUCUCAUCAGCACUCCCAACUGCUUUGAUAGAAGCGAGUGUCAGAGGUGCUGUGGGAGGUUAUCCAAUUUCACUUAAUUUAAGCCCAAAUUAACUACAAGUGUUUGUUCAUCUACGCCUGCGACAUGUAUUGACAACAAUUUUAAUGAUACUCAAUUACGUAGUUGAAGGUACAAAGCUGUGCAUCUAGCUUAUGCUAUUUAUGCAACAAAAUAAGUCGUGGCCUAUUGUGAGAAAAGCAGCUUUUUAUUCAGUUAAACCCAAAACGUGUCCACUCCUCUUAUCCAUUAGUACAAUUAAUUCAAUGAGUAAAUUUUGAUGGGAUCAUUAUUUGGGUAUUCACAUUGUGUGACAUUUCUUGUUUGGUGAUGCCAUGUGAAUUUUCUGAGUAUAACAUUGGUGCCUUGGCUCAGUUAAGGUUAGAAGCAUGUAUUGAAAUGUGAAAUUUCAAUUUGUGGAAAAGAAACAUGACACUUUAACAGAUUUAAAGAUAAUCGAAUCUCUAAUGUCAUGAAUAUUGUGGAAAGUUCCAUUUCAGUUCAAGAUUGGAUAGAUGAAUUAAACAGGAAAAUACUUCUCCCAAGGCCGUCAAAAAUUAUUCUAAAAUAGAAAGUAGGUAGAUUUUCUGAAAAAAUUGAAAUCAUUUUGAUUUAACGAUUUUUUUCACAUGCUUGUUUUAUUAGCUGUACCCUAUAUUCAAAACAAAAAAUUGCUGUGUAUGAUGAGUUUUACUUUUUGAAAUGGAAGUACUGAAAAGUUUGACAAUAUUUUUUAAUUUAUCAAAAAUAUAUUUUGAAAUUUGCGUUUGUGUGGCGUACUAAUGCACAGAGAUGAGAUUUUGUUGAAUGUGCAAUGGAAAAUCCAACAUGUAAUGCUGAAAUGGCAAUAUUAAAAACGGAUUUGUCAAGAAUGUGUUAUACAUGAUAGUAUUUUGGUAUAAAAUGGCAAAAGAAUUACAUGGGUUCGUAAACUUUUUUUUGUAUCCACGCCAUUAAAUAGCGACACAAUUUCGCUGACAAAAAAAUUGCAAGUUUGAAUGGGGAACACCGGCGCCAUCUGGUGGCUGAGGAAAAAAGUUCUGUAUUGGAAUGCAAAUUGAAAUCUUAAUAUGGAAGAUUAAUGCGGACUCAGUGCGUAGCUAUGCACAAACGUUUUGAACUUGGAGCCUAUUUUCAGGAACAGAUGACAAUUAUUUUGUUGCCCCUAAAUUCAUGCAACACAGCCAAAAUAUCUUGAAAAUGGAAAAGUAACCAUGACAGUGGCACACAAGGCUCAGGGAUUUACUACACAUUGUUACUCUAUUAAAUAGAAUUAAAACCUAAGUACUGUACUGUGGAUUAUCUUUGUUUUUGUGGUAUGACGCUUGUCUUGUCAUGGGCAUGAUGAAGACAUCACAGGGACGUCAAGAUGAUGUCAGCGCAGAACAAUGUUGAUGCUAUCAAAAAUAGACUACAAAAAAUUAAUGUGGCUUAUUUAGGAAAAUCAUUGAUACACAAUAUUAUAUACACACUAUGUAUGUAAUGGUACACACUAAAAUUAACUUGGAUUAUUUGGGAAUUUGUUUCUAUACAGUAUUACAGUGAAGAAAAUGAGUAUUUGAACACCCUGCUAUAUGGCAAGUUCUCCCAUUUAGAAAUUAUGGAGGGGUCUGAAAUUUUCAUUGUCGGUGCAUGUCCACUG